GUGAGUGUCGGGCGGGCGUCCGCGUCCGGGACGCGGGAUGGAGCGCCGCGGAGUUCCGUUUUUUUGACUGUUAUAUGAAAGGAUGAUUGCUCACAAACAGAAAAAGACAAAGAAAAAACGUGUCUUGUCAGCAGGCCAGCUCUCUACUGAUGUUACAACUUCUGAAAUGGGGCUCAAGUCCAUAAAUUCCAACUCCAUUUUGGAUCCUGAUUACAUCAAGGAGUUGGUGAAUGAUAUCAGGAAGUUCUCCCAUGUGUUACUAUAUUUGAAAGAAGCUAUUCUUUCAGACUGUUUUAAAGAAGUCAUUCAUAUACGUCUGGAUGAACUUCUUCGUGUUCUAAAGUCUGUAAUGAAUAAACAUCAGAACCUCAAUUCUGUUGAUCUUCAAAAUGCUGCAGAAAUGCUUGCUGCAAAAGUGAAAGCUGUGAACUUCACAGAAGUAAAUGAAGAAAACAAAAAUGAUCUCUUCAGAGAAGUGUUUUCUUCCAUUGAAACCUUGGCCUUUACCUUUGGAAAUAUCCUGACAAACUUCCUCAUGGGAGAUGUAGGCAAUGAUUCAUUAUUGCGACUGCCUGUUUCCCGGGAAAGUAAGUCUUUUGAAAAUGUUUCUGUGGAAUCAGUGGACUCAUCCAGUGAAAAAGGAAGUUUUUCUCCUAUAGAAUUAGACAGCAUGCUGUUAAAGAACACUAACUCUAUAGAAUUGGCUUUGUCAUAUGCUAAAACAUGGUUAAAAUAUACCAAGAACAUAGUUUCAUGGGUUGAAAAGAAGCUGAGCUUGGAAUUGGAGUCCACUAGAAAUAUUGUCAAGUUGGCAGAGGCAACUAGAACUAACAUUGGACUACAGGAGUUUAUGCCACUGCAGUCUUUAUUUACCAAUGCUCUUCUUAAUGAUAUAGAGAGCAGUCACCUUUUACAACAAACAAUUGCAGCUCUCCAAGCCAACAAAUUUGUGCAGCCUCUACUUGGGAGGAAAAAUGAAAUGGAAAAACAAAGGAAAGAAAUAAAAGAACUUUGGAAACAGGAACAAAAUAAAAUGCUUGAAACAGAGACUGCUCUUAAAAAGGCAAAAUUGUUGUGCAUUCAACGUCAAGAUGAAUAUGAAAAAGCAAAAUCUUCCAUGUUUCGUGCAGAAGAGGAGCAUCUGUGCUCAAGUGGUGGAUUAGUAAAAAAUCUCAACAGGCAGCUAGAAAAAAAGCGAAGACUGGAAGAAGAGGCUCUUCAAAAAGUAGAAGAAGCAAAUGAACUCUACAAAGUUUGUGUGACAAAUGUUGAAGAAAGACGAAAUGAUCUAGAAAAUACCAAAAGAGAAAUUUUAACACAACUCCGGAAACUUGUUUUCCAGUGUGAUCUUACCCUUAAAGCUGUAACAGUUAACCUCUUCCAGAUGCAACACCUGCAGGCUGCCUCCCUCGCGAACAAUUUACAGUCUCUCUGUGAUGGUGCCAAACUCUAUGACCCAGGCCAGGAGUACAGUGAGUUUGUCAGGGCCACGAAUUCAGCUGAGGAAGAAAAAGUUGAUGGGAAUGUAAAUAAACAGUUAACAAAUACCCCUCACACUCCUGGAUAUGGACCUUCCGACUCUUUAGAAGAUGUUGUGCGCCUUCCUGACAGCUCUAAUAAGAUUGAAGAGGACAGAUGCUCUAACAGUGCAGACAUAUCAGGUCCUUCUUUUAUAAGGUCAUGGACAUUUGGGAUGUUUAGUGAUUCUGAGAGCACUGGAGGAAGCAGUGAAUCUAGAUCUCUGGAUUCUGAAUCUAUAAGUCCAGGAGACUUCCAUCGAAAACUUCCACGAACUCCAUCCAGUGGAACUAUGUCUUCUGCAGAUGAUCUGGAUGAAAGAGAGCCACCUUCCCCUUCAGAAGCUGGACCCAAUUCCCUCGGAACAUUUAAGAAAACUUUGAUGUCAAAGGCAGCUCUCACUCACAAGUUUCGCAAACUGAGAUCCCCCACGAAGUGCAGGGACUGUGAAGGCAUUGUGGUAUUCCAGGGUGUUGAAUGCGAAGAGUGUCUCCUUGUUUGUCACCGAAAGUGUUUGGAAAAUUUAGUCAUCAUUUGUGGUCAUCAGAAACUUCUGGGGAAAAUACACUUAUUUGGAGCAGAAUUCACACAAGUUGCAAAAAAGGAACCAGAUGGCAUCCCUUUUGUACUCAAAAUAUGUGCCUCAGAGAUUGAAAAUAGAGCCUUGUGUCUACAGGGAAUUUAUCGUGUAUGUGGAAACAAAAUAAAAACUGAAAAACUGUGUCAAGCAUUGGAAAAUGGAAUGCACUUGGUAGACAUUUCAGAAUUUAGUUCACAUGACAUCUGUGAUGUCUUGAAAUUAUACCUUCGGCAGCUACCAGAACCAUUUAUUUUAUUCCGAUUGUACAAGGAAUUUAUAGACCUUGCAAUAGAGAUCCAACAUGUAAAUGAAGAACAAGAGAUGAAAAAGGAUAAUCCUGAGGACAAAAAGUGUCCAAGUACGUGUAUAGAAAUAAACCGAAUUCUUCUAAAAAGCAAGGAUCUUCUAAGACAAUUGCCAGCAUCAAAUUUUAACAGCCUUCAUUACCUCAUAGUUCAUCUUAAGCGAGUCGUAGAUCAUGCAGAAGAAAACAAAAUGAACUCCAGAAACUUGGGGGUGAUAUUUGGACCAAGUCUCAUUAGGCCAAGACCCACAGCUGCUCCUAUCACCAUCUCCUCUCUUGCUGACUAUUCAAAUCAAGCGAGGUUGGUGGAGUUCCUCAUUACCUACUCACAGAAGAUCUUCGAUGGGUCCCUACAGCCACAAGAUAUAGCUGUGUGUAGUGCAGGUGGUGGUGCACCUCAGGUUGACCAAGGCUAUCUUCCAAAGCCUCUGUUAUCACCAGAAGAAAGAGAUCCAGAACAUUCUACGAAGUCACUGUUUUUCUCUUCAAAGGAAGAUAUCCAUACUGCAGAUAGUGAAAGCAAAAGUUUUGAAUCCACUGCAUCAUUUGAGGAAUCAGAACGGAAGCAAAAUGCAUUCGAAAAAUGUGACGCAUGUCUCAUUGACAACAAAAUGCGUUUGCUUGUAGACCAAGAGCUUGAAUCAGCAUCGCAAAAGAUGGAAGAUGUUUGUAAAACCUCCAAGCUGCCUACUCUGAAGUCCGAUAGGGAAAUAAAUGGCGUCGAGAGGCAUACUCCAAGGACCAAGAUUAGACCUGUAAGUUUGCCUGUAGACAGACUACUCCUUCUUGCAAGCUCUCCUAAUGAGAGAAAUGGCAGAAAUAUGGGGAAUGUAAAUUCAGACAAGUUUUGCAAGAAUCCUACCUUUGAGGGAGUUAAUAGAAAAGACACCCCAACUAUUGUUUGUUCCAAAUUUGAUGGCUUUGAUCAGCAACCUCUACAGAAAACUCGGGAGAAACAGUAUGAACAAAAUGACCUGACUGCAAAGACUGCAGUGAUUGUGCCCAGUGCAUUCCAGGAAAGAGAAGUGUCAGUGAGCAUCAGGAGUGGUGGGGACCACCCAGUCAGCACCACCAGUAAGCCAUACACAGAACCCAUCAGGUCAGCCAGACAGGUGUCAGAGAGACGGUCUUCUGACUUCUGCCCUCCUGCUCCUGUCAGAGCACCCAGAACACUGCAGCCCCAGCACUGGACCACGUUUUAUAAACCACCUGCUCCUGCUGCUAGUGGGAAAGGGGAUGAGGAGAAAUCUGUGACAUCCUCUGCAGCUGUGCCCCCUUGCACAACUCACGCUCCCCAGGAGCACGCGCUGAAAUCAGUUCCAGGUUCUGAAAAUGCAUCAGCUGGUCCCGUGCAGCCGGUUAGCAAGCCUAAAGAGAAGGCUGAAGUGCGUGACUUACCUGGUGUACAUCCAGCAUGUCAGAGACCUAGGCUAAAACGAAUGCAGCAGUUUGAAGACCUUGAAGACGAAAUCCCGCAGUUUGUGUAGGGUUGUCAGAGUUCAGUUUUUCUUUUUUUGUUUUGUUGUUUUGUGGUGGUGUAUUUGUUUUCUGGAAGAAAGUUUUGACAGGGCCUCUCUUGUAUAGGAUUGCCAAAUCAUGGAUUUUGUUUUUUGUCAUUGUGUUGUGUUAUCCUGUGUUGGUUAUAUUGAAUGACAGAAUGUUUUGAUAGGGCCCCAUCUGUGCCUCACUGGAAUUAUAUGUAUUUUUGAAGUUGUGAAUAAAUAGAUAGACUCAUGUUUUU